AUGACCCAUUCCUACUGCUCCCCUUGCUGCCAGCCUGCCUGUGGCAGGACCACCUGCUGUAGGACCACGAGCUUCCAGCCCACCUGUAGUGGAUGUAGCUCUUGUGGGUCCAGCCGCUGCCAGUCCUGCUGCCCCUCAACUUGCUGUCAAAUCACUUGCUACAAACCUACUUGUGUGACCACUGGCUGUCAGCCCGCUUGCUGUGGAUCCUGCAGCUGUGGACAAAACUGUGGUGGGUCUAACUGUGGUCAGUCUUGCUGCCAGCCAGCUCACUGUACAUCCGUGUACUGCCACAGAACCUGCUACCACCCCACGUGCUGCUGCCUGCCUGGGUGCCAAGACCAGAGCUGUGGGUCCAGCUGCUGCCAGCUUUGCUGCCCCCCUGUCUGCUGUCAGACCACCCAUUGUAGGACCACCUGCUGCCACCCCAGCUGUGUGUCCAGCUGCUGCCAGCCUUCCUGCUGCUGAUCACUUUGCUAAAGAAUCACUGUCUC